GUAUGGAGGGAUUUUCUUCAAAAGGUGGUGCACAACCACCGUUGGGUACUGGUGGUGUGUCCGGAUCAAAUGAAGGUAUUCAUUUUUUCAAUACACCACGACCGCGACCAUCAUAUAUGCCUAAUGCUGCUGCUUGGGGUUCACCAGCAGGUCGUGGUUGGGGUGGUGUACCACCACCACCGGCGAGCCGAUAUCCUAUGCCAGUUCCACCGCCACCACCACCAAUGUCGCUUGGACUUGGUUUCAUGCCCCCACCACCACCACCGCCAGCACCUGUACCAAAGAUGGAUCUGUCAAGCUUGUUAGCGCCACCCGCUCCUCCUCCACCCCCACCAUCAUAG